AUGGCUCAUCAAUCAACAACUACUAUGGUGGAUUUCUAUGUGAUUCAACUCAACCAAUUGGUGGUCUAUUAUUUACAAUUUCAAGCUUUGGAACUAGUUUAUUUGGUGGUUCAAACAUAA